UGUUCAAGUCCAUUGAUUGCAGCUCUAGAGUGUCGUGUCAGACGCACAAGUUUGGGAAUUUUUAAAAAGACGAUUGUGAGUGUUAUUUGGAUAUUCUGAAGAAAGAUGUCGAGCGGACAAAAAUACGAAGUGGAUCCCAAGAACGCUGGAUAUGUACAAAAUGAACAGCCACAAAACCCAUACAAUGCGGGGUACAACCAACCCCCCGCGUAUGGACAACAGCAACCUGCGGGUUAUGGAUUCCCGAUGACGACAAACUCCUCUACAAAUGUUGUUGUCACCAAUGCCCCUGCACCCAUCGUGGUUGCUGCACCAAGAGGAAACGACUGGCUGGUGCCCGCCAUUCUCUCCUGCUUCUUCUGUUUCUGGCCUACUGGGAUCUGCGCUAUUGUGGCGGCUGUCAAUGCAAGGGCCCGUUUCGAUGUCGGUGACUACGAAGGUGGGCGAUCCAGUGCCAGCUGGGCUAAAGGGUUGACCUUGACCUCGCUUGGAGUCGGCAUCCUCUCUGUUAUCAUCAUUAUAAUCCUCUACGUGGUUGUGUUGAAAGAAGCCGAAAAUGAAUUACACGGCUUUACAACACAGAAACCGUGGAACUGGAACUAACAACAAAAAACAUCAACAAUAACAACAAAAACCGUUGCCAAGGAAUUUAUCCUGAUUGUUUUAUUGGAUUAUUACUUGUACGAAUAUAUCAAAUACGUAGUUCUGUACUGAGUAUAUGCACUUUAAUUCAUUUGUCCCAAAAUGUAAAAGUUAAUUGUAAAUAGUGUAAACCUUUCAUAGACAAAUCAAUGUUCGUUGUUUCUUUUCGUUUGUAGAUAUAUGUUAGUUUGCGUUGUGUCUUUAAUCAGUCAUGUGUUUGUUUGCACAGGAAUGGUUUCAUCUUGUCCCAGAAACAUUUUAUCUUGAUCACUGCAUUUUUUUUAAAAUUUCAAAUUCAUCGUAAUAGUCUCAAAAUCACUAACAAUUUUUUUUUCUUUUCGUUCAUUACUAAAAUUUUUGUACUAAAUAUAAAUAAAGGUUUUAAACCAU